AUGCUACUCACACCUCAUCUGCUUCGGAGCGCCAAACCGACUGACUCCCCACUCAACAUAUACCAAGAGGUCGCCCCACUCCAUUCACCUAUGGACCUAUGGCGGGUUAAACAGAAAUGUCCGGUUCAUAUUUGAUUCACCCACCUAUUAUAGGCAGCAGCGGUGGCCGCAGUAGUAGACUCUUCGGUCUCCUGAUCAGUCGCCGUGCGCUGUGCGGGUUCGAGUCCCGUCCCAGGAUAAAUUUUUCUCUUGGCUAUGGAUGUUGUGAUUGCCCGUAGGUGGUAGACGGUCUCUGACUGUCGAACGUGGAGGUACCACCCGGCGGAUCUCGUAGGCGGAGCCAGAAUGUGUGCAUGUUGCAUGUACACGUGUUCUCUCGCCAGAGUCCGUGUGGCGUCCCCCCUUUCCCCUAUAUCCCCCUAUAGCCCCACGGUACUCAAUGGGU